GUAUUGGCGGCCUUUCCACAGUCUCAUCCCUUCAUUCUUCCCUAAGUGGCAGACAAAAGUGUUUUGGAUUUUUGUGUGUUAAGUAGAUCAGGUAUUUCAAGGGCUGUGUUGUGAAGUGUUGAUAAUACACAUAGUACAAAUGCCAUAAUAGAAACGUUUAUCCUUCCACUUAGUUUAAUAGGGAGAUUUUGUGGCUACAACAUAGUAUACUAUACAUAAUAUCAAUUCUGUGUGCAUGCUCAACCAACCUAGUGUCCUAGGGCUAACGCUGGGAGAAAUUGUGCAAUGUUCAAAAGAGGAGUAGUGCACUGACUGCCGGUGUGCUUUGAAAUCUACUUACAGAAUAGCCCUGUAGUGGCGAAAACCUUGACUGGAUUCCUCUAAAGGUGGCUUAAAUAGCUGUUGGUAAUAAUCCUGAACUGACAGAGAAGAGAGGUCAUGACUGUUCUGCCAUACCUAGCACUGACCUGGAUCACGGAAGUAGCAUUGCUGGGGGGGAUGGCAGCACCUGCUCAGUGACCUCCGGUAGCGAUGAAGAGUUGUGGUAAUUGUGCACUUUGGAGGAAGAGCACACCACCCUUUAUGAAAGCAGCUCCUCGACGCUCAGCACAACCUCCUUCUCCCCCUGAGGAGCACCAGCUUCGCUCCUCACGCUGCAGGCUGAGGCCGGAGCCCAUCCACUCCCCUCCGCAGUGGACAGUUUAUCCUGGAUCAGCUGGUGCAGUUAAAGUAGCUGGAUACACAAUCUCAGUCCGGUAUUUCCAAACUUGCCUUUUAACCUGCAGAACCAGAGUCUGGAGCAGAACUUCUUGCCACCAUGAAAACAAUUAUUGCAGCCUAUUCCCAAAAUCGUAGUGGGAGUCGUGCCAGCGUCCAGGCCGCCCUCCGCACCCUGCUCACGGCACCGUGGCCCUCGCAGCGGGACAUCCGCGCGUGGCUGCAGCUCCUCGCCGUCCUCCAGUGGGUCCUCAGCUUCCUUCUCCUGGGGGUGGUCAGUCUGCUUCUGCUCAUCUACCUGGUGUUCACCAGCUUCUGGCCCAUUUCCGCCCUGUAUCUGGCCUGGAUCAUCUUUGACUGGGACACGCCGGAGAAAGGCGGGCGGAGGCUGACGUGCUUGCGGAAAUGGCCCGUGUGGAAGCACUUUCGGGACUAUUUCCCGGUCCAGCUGGUGAAGACCCACGACCUGUCGCCAAGCCACAACUACAUCAUCGGCUCGCACCCCCACGGCAUCCUCUGCGUCGGGGCCUUCUGCAACUUCAUCACGGGGUCGACGGGCUUCUCGGAGAUGUUCCCCGGCAUCAGACCCUUCCUGACCACCCUGGCCGGCAACUUCCGCCUGCCCGUCUUCAGGGAGUACCUGAUGAGCGGGGGCCUGUGCCCCGUGACGCGCCAGGCCAUAGGGUACCUCCUGUCCAAGAACGGCACCGGGAACGCCGUGGCCAUCGUCAUCGGCGGCGCGGCCGAGUCGCUCUCCUGCCAGCCGGGAGUCACCACCUUAAUCCUGAAGAACCGCAAGGGCUUCGUGCGCAUGGCCCUGGAGCACGGCGCGUACCUGGUGCCCUCCUUCUCCUUCGGCGAGAACGACCUCUUCCGGCAGGUGGUUUUCAAGGAGGGCGGCUGGAUGAGGAGCGUCCAGCAGCGCUUCCAGAAGAUGAUGGGCUUCGCCCCCGUCGUCUUCUACGGCCGGGGCAUCACCUCCAUCCAGUCCCGGGGCUUUCUGCCCUACCCCAGGCCCAUCACGACUGUCGUGGGGGAGCCCGUGACGGUGCCCAAGAUCGAGGACCCGAGCCGCGAGACGGUGGACCUCUACCACGAGAUGUACGUCCGCUCCCUGCUCAAGCUCUUCAACGAGAACAAGACCAAGUACGGGCUGUCGGAGACGGACGAGCUGCGGAUCGCCUGAGCGAGGCCGGGCGGAGGCCGCGGGCCGAGGUGGGCGGCCAAGUCCUGACUCGCAAGGGCGGCCGGCUCUUGCGGGUGGGGAUUUCAGCCCGCCCCUCAGGCGGGCACGGAAGGACGGGCCCCGCGCUCGCGGGCACCCCCCGGCCCCGGAGACCCUUCCCGUGCGCCGGGCACCACCGCUGCCCCUUGCCUCCUUACCUUGCCAUCUCCGCUCCAGCCCGCGCUCCUCCACGGCAGCUUAAGAAAGGAAGACGACGGAAAAAGGCAGAGCGAGGAAAGGAGAAUGGAGGGGUUGCAUGGGAGGAAAGGAGAAACCAGGGGAAGGGAGGGGAAAACUGGCAGAGGGCCCCCGGGGUAUCGCCGGGGCGAGCAGCCGCCUCCCCGCUGCUCCGUGGUCUGGCAGCGGUUCCCGCGGGACGGGGGCUCGUGGGGCUGCAGCGCGGGAGGCAGCGAUGUCCCCCCGGGCCGCGCUGGUGGCACGUCAGGCCGCGGCAGCACCGUGGGGCAAGGG